UUUUGACAUUAACAAAGUUGUCAGAUUCUCAUACUUAUUUCAAAAGUUGAGAAAUUCGUAAAUAUUUGAGGUUUUUAGCUAAAAUAGCGUUUUAAACGGCAUAACCUCUUACAAUAAUCAUUAAUAAUGAUAAACUAAAGAAAAGAAAACGUCCAUAAGUUGAAACGACCAUGUGAAUUGUUACAAAAGUGUAUAAUUUUUAUUUUUUACAAGUUACCCCCUUGAAAAUCUGGCGAAAUGUCUAAGAAUAAAGGAAAAAAGAAUGUAUUGCAAGAUUUCACCCUCAACGACUGUGCGAACGCACCAAAACCGGUUAAAGAAAUAAGAAAACCAGCUAUCAUAGACCCAGCCAUGGAACGAAACUGGGACGAAUUACCUGAAGACUCCGAAGUAGAGCCUGAAGUUCAGGACGGCCAAAUAACACUAGUAUACAAAAAUAAAAAGAAAAACACAGAACCGCCUUUAGACAACCGACCGGGCAAAGAAUACCCAGAGAUCAUAUUUUAUCUCCUCUCAAAAUACAUAAAACCGGAAGACAUAGCCUCAUUUGCAAGGAUAAAUAAAUCAGCCUACCUAGUAACCAAAUCUAAAGCCUUUUGGAUGUUACAAUACAAACGGCAUUGCGAAAAUCAUCCGAAAUUGCCUGAAAAACUGCGUUUUGAGAGUUUAAAGUCCUAUGGAUUGAGGCAGACGGUUAUAAGGUCGUUGUACCAUACUUAUGAUGUGUUGAAUUAUAGGAUAGUUCGUAAGGAGAUCCCUCCGAAUCGUCUUGUGAGCUGGGUGUGUGUAAAUGUGUGGUAUAAUAGGGGUCUUACGUAUUGGAAUGUGUACUUUAAGUUGAAAAGACCACAAAUGUAUGAGAAACGGAUUAGUGUGGAUGAAGAUUUGAUUGAAGAGAUGGGACGGAUCGAUGCUAAUCCGGAGGAGGGGGCUCAGGUUUUGAUGGUAACAUGCAAAGGCUUCGACAGGAUCCCCCCCCUACAAGGCAUGACGCUAUCAGCCGUCACCAUGGCGCUAUCACACGGCUACCGCCAUCACACCCUGUACCUUGGAUUCAGUAGCUCCUGCUAUACCUUCAAAGGCAUAGUUCCUGAACACGAGCUGAUCCUGGAUGCCGUCGUCAGGGUCCUGGUUUGCGACUGGUGGCACCCUCAAUACCCCCACUCUGGUAAUUUCGUACCCAGGCAAGAUCCCCCACUUCUGUUGAAGGAUUUUUUCGAUGAUGAAGACGGGUCGUGAGAUGUUUUAAAUGUUGUUUUUAGUUUUAAUUUUGUUUUGUGUAGGUGAUCAUUCGUCAUCUGACUGCACGGUUGGUGCGGUGGCUGUCGGGCAACGGGUAGCGGGUUCGAUUCCCGCACGGAGCAACUCUUUGUGUGACCCACAAAUUGUUGUUUCCGGGUCU